AUGCAGCAGGGCACUGACCAGAACAACCCUAAAGCCAAUAUGGAGCAUCCUGGCCCAGAAGCCCCUGCAACUGGCAAAGGUGGAAGCUCGUCCGGAAGCUCGUCUUCAAGCCAGCCCAAGAUUCACAGCCCCAAAUCAGCCGCCGAGAAGGAAGACCCGGAAGUUCGAAAGCAUAACGAAGAGCUGGAACAACGGCACGAGAGGACAGUGAAUCAGUUGAGCGAGGACGAUAACAAGGUGGACAAGCAGUUUUGGAAAGGCGACGUUGGAAGCCCAUCGGAAGACAAAAAGUAG